GCCUCUUCCCGAGGCAUGUUGGGAGCCUGGAGGACUAGCGAGGAGGAGUUGAGAGAACGGAGCGGACGCCAUGGCGACCAACAUCGAGCAGAUUUUUAGGUCUUUCGUGGUCAGUAAAUUCCGGGAAAUUCAACAGGAGCUUUCCAGUGGAAGAAAUGAAGGCCAGCUCAAUGGUGAAACAAAUGCACCUAGUGAAGGAAACCAGGCAGGUGAUGUAGCUGCCUCCUCCAGGAGCCUACCAAAUGAAGAAAUAGUUCAGAAGAUAGAGGAAGUACUUUCUGGGGUCUUAGAUACAGAACUACGAUGUAAGCCAGACCUGAAGGAGGCCUCCAGAAAAAGUAGAUGUGUAUCUGUACAAACAGAUCCAACUGAUGAAAUUCCCACCAAAAAGUCAAAGAAGCAUAAAAAGCACAAAAAUAAAAAGAAGAAAAAGAAGAAAGAGAAGGAAAAAAAGUACAAAAGACAGCCAGAAGAAUCUGAAUCACAGCUGAAAUCACAUCAUGAUGGGAACAUAGAUUUAGAAUCGGAUUCCUUUUUGAAGUUUGAUUCUGAACCUUCAGCGAUGGCACUGGAGCAUCCUGUAAGAGUGUUUGGCCUAUCUGAGACCAGUGAAUCUGCAGUUGUGUUAGAACCUCCUAUACUAUCAAUGGAGAUCUCAGAGCCACACACCUUAGAAACUCUGAAGCCAGCUACAAAAACUGCAGAACUGUCAGUUGCAUCUGCAUCAGUAAUCUCAGUGCAGUCAGAGCAGUCUGUGGCAGUAAUGCUGGAACCAUCCAUGACAAAGGUUCUGGAUUCUUUUGCAACAGCACCAGUGCCUACUACAGCAGUAGUGCUAAAGUCAUCUGAGCCAGUUGUAACAAUGUCGGUGGAGUAUCAGACAAAGUCUGUGCUGAAAUCUUUGGAGAGCGUACCUCCAGAGCCAUCAAAGAUCAUGUUGUUGGAACCUCCAGUAGCAAAAGUGCUAGAGCCAUCAGAAAUCCUUGUGUCAUCAGAGAUACCUACUGAGGUGCACCCUGAGCCAAGCACAUCAACAACAAUGGAUUUUCCAGAGUCAGCUGCAACUGAAGUGCUAAGAUUGCCAGAGCAACCUGUAGAAGUACCAUCGGAGAUUGCAGAUUCAUCCAUGACAAGACCACAGGAGUUGCUGGAGCUGCCCAAGACCACACCGUUGGAGCUGCCGGAGUCGUCGGUGGCCUCAGUGAUGGAGUUGCCGGGGCCACCUGCGACCUCCAUGCUGGAGUUGCAGGGGCCCCCUGUGACUCCAGUGCUGGAGUUACCUGGGCCCUCUGCUACCCCGGUGCCAGAGUUGCCAGGGCCCCUUUCUACCCCAGUGCCUGAGUUGCUAGGGCCCCCUGCGACAGCGGUGCCUGAGUUGCCGGGGCCCUCUGUGACAUCAGUGCCACAGUUGUCGCAGGAAUUGCCAGGGCUUCCAGCACCAUCUAUGGGGUUGGAGCCACCACAGGAGGUACCAGAGCCACCUGUGAUGGCACAGGAGUUGCCAGGGCUGCCUGUGGUGACAGCAGCAGUAGAGUUGCCAGGGCAGCCUGCGGUAACAGUAGCAAUGGAGUUGACCGAACAACCUGUGACGACGACAGAGUUGGAGCAGCCCGUGGGGAUGACAACGGUGGAACAUCCUGGGCAGCCUGAGGUGACAACGGCAACAGGGUUGCUGGGGCAGCCUGAGGCAGCGAUGGUGCUGGAGUUGCCAGGACAGCCAGUGGCAACAACAGCGCUGGAGUUGCCAGGGCAGCCUUUGGUGACUGGGGUGCCAGAGUUGCCAGGGCUGCCUUCGGCAACUAGGGCACUGGAGUUGUCGGGGCAGCCUGUGGCAACUGGGGCACUGGAGUUGCCUGGGCAGCUCAUGGCAGCUGGGGCACUGGAGUUUGCGGGGCAGUCUGGGGCAGCUGGAGCACUGGAGCUUUUGGGGCAGCCUCUGGCAACAGGGGUGCUGGAGUUGCCAGGGCAGCCUGGGGCGCCAGAGUUGCCUGGGCAGCCGGUGGCAACUGUGGCGCUGGAGAUCUCUGUUCAGUCUGUGGUGACAACGGAGCUGUCAACGAUGACCGUGUCGCAGUCCCUGGAGGUGCCCUCGACGACAGCGCUGGAAUCCUAUAAUACGGUAGCACAGGAGCUGCCUACUACAUUAGUGGGGGAAACUUCUGUAACAGUAGGAGUGGAUCCCUUGAUGGCCCAGGAAUCCCAUAUGUUAGCUUCUAACACCAUGGAGACCCAUAUGUUAGCAUCCAACACCAUGGAUUCCCAGAUGCUAGCGUCCAACACCAUGGACUCCCAGAUGCUAGCAUCCAACACCAUGGACUCCCAGAUGUUAGCCUCUAGCACCAUGGACUCCCAGAUGUUAGCAACCAGCUCCAUGGACUCCCAGAUGUUAGCAACCAGCUCCAUGGACUCCCAGAUGUUAGCAACCAGCUCCAUGGACUCCCAGAUGUUAGCAACCAGCUCCAUGGACUCCCAGAUGUUAGCAACCAGCUCCAUGGACUCCCAGAUGUUAGCAACCAGCUCCAUGGACUCCCAGAUGUUAGCAACCAGCUCCAUGGACUCCCAGAUGUUAGCAACCAGCACCAUGGACUCCCAGAUGUUAGCCACCAGCACCAUGGACUCCCAGAUGUUAGCAACUAGCUCUAUGGAUUCCCAGAUGUUAGCAUCUGGCACUAUGGACUCUCAGAUGUUAGCUUCCGGCUCCAUGGAUGCCCAGAUGUUAGCGUCUGGUACCAUGGAUGCCCAGAUGUUAGCAUCUAGUACCCAAGAUUCUGCUAUGUUGGGUUCAAAAUCUCCUGAUCCUUACAGGUUAGCUCAAGAUCCUUACAGGUUAGCUCAGGAUCCCUAUAGGUUAGGUCAUGACCCUUACAGGUUAGGCCAUGAUGCUUACAGAUUAGGGCAGGAUCCUUACAGAUUAGGCCAUGAUCCCUACAGACUAACUCCUGAUCCCUACAGGAUGUCACCAAGACCCUAUAGGAUAGCACCCAGGUCCUAUAGGAUAGCUCCCAGGCCAUAUAGGUUAGCACCUAGACCCCUGAUGUUAGCAUCUAGACGUUCUAUGAUGAUGUCCUAUGCUGCAGAACGUUCCAUGAUGUCAUCUUAUGAACGCUCUAUGAUGUCUUACGAGCGGUCUAUGAUGUCCCCUAUGGCUGAGCGCUCUAUGAUGUCAGCCUAUGAGCGCUCUAUGAUGUCAGCCUAUGAGCGCUCUAUGAUGUCCCCUAUGGCUGAGCGCUCUAUGAUGUCAGCUUACGAACGCUCUAUGAUGUCAGCUUACGAGCGCUCCAUGAUGUCCCCGAUGGCUGACCGAUCUAUGAUGUCCAUGGGUGCCGACCGCUCUAUGAUGUCGUCAUACUCCGCUGCUGACCGGUCUAUGAUGUCAUCGUACUCUGCAGCUGACCGAUCUAUGAUGUCAUCUUAUGCUGCUGAUCGCUCAAUGAUGUCUAUGGCAGCUGAUUCUUACACCGAUUCUUACACUGAUACAUACACAGAGGCAUAUAUGGUACCACCUUUGCCUCCUGAAGAGCCUCCAACAAUGCCACCAUUGCCACCUGAGGAGCCACCAAUGACACCACCACUGCCUCCUGAGGAACCCCCAGAGGGUCCAACAUUAUCCACUGAGCAGUCAGCAUUAACAGCUGAAAAUACUUGGCCUACUGAGGUGCCAGCAUUACCUCCUGAAGAAUCUGUAUCGCUGCCUGAAACUGUGAGUCAAAAUGAGAUUUCAGAGCCUUCAGCAUUGCUUGCUAAUUAUUCAGUGUCAGCAUCAGAGCCUUCAGUGUUAACAUCAGAGGCUGCUGUCACUGCCCCAGAACCACCGCUAGAGCCAGAGUCUUCAGUUACGUCAACACCUGCAGAGUCUGCUGUAGCAACAGAAGAGCAUGAAAUUGUUCCAGAGAGACCAGUGACUUAUAUAUCUGAAACUCCCAUGUUAGCUGAACCAGCUAUGUUAACAUCAGAGCCGACUAUUAUGUCAGAGACAGCAGAAACCUUUGAUUCCAUGAGAGCUUCAGGACAUACUGCCUCAGAGGUAUCUAUGUCCCUGAUAGAGCCAGCAGUAACUAUUCCAGAGCCAUCACAGCAGAGCACCCUAGAGCUGCCAGCCAUGGCUGUCUCAGAGCUGCCAGUCAUGGCAGUCCCUGAGCCAUCAGCCGUGGCUGUUCCAGCCCCUGCAGUCGUGGCUGUCCCAGAGCUCCCAGCUGUGGUUGUCCCAGAACACCUGGCUGUGGCUGUCUCAGAAUACCCAGGUGUGGCUGUCCCAGAAUACCCGGCUGUGGCUGUCCUGGACCCACCAGCUGAGUCUAUCCUGGAGCCCAUGGCAUUGGCUGAGCCAGAGCACGUUACUAUUCCUGUGCCACAUGUUUCCGCCCUGGAGCCUACUGUGCCUGGCCUGGAACCAACAGUGUCAGUCCUUCAGCCUAAUGUGAUUGUUUCAGAACCAUCUGUUUCUGUCCAAGAAUCCACUGUGACAGUUUUAGAGUCUGCUGUCACUAUUUCAGAGCAGACUCAAGUAAUAUCAACUGAGACAGUUUUAGAGUCUACACCAAUGAUACUGGAGUCUAGUGUUAAAAAAGGAAUGAAUUUACUAUCUGGAGAUCAAAAUUUUGCUCCAGAGAUUGGCACACAGGAGAUUCCCAUGCAUUCAAAUGAAGAGUCACAUGCUGAAGGACAUCCGAAGAAUGACUCUUUUGAAAGUGAACGUGGUAUAAAUAUAGACAAUAUAAGUAAUCAUUUAAUUGCUAAAGAGAUGGAAUAUAAUGCAGUGUCUGCUGCCAUCACUGGUGCUGUUGGUGAAAUUGGUGAAGAGAAAAUUUUGCCCAUCAGUGAGACUAAACAAUGCACAGUAUUGGAUACCUGCCCUAGUGUUAGUGAAGCUGAUAUAGGAGGAACUCUGUCUUCUACUGGUCCUCUUGCUCCUGAACCUGAUGCAAUGGGAACUAGUAUGGGUAUUGAACUUGCCGUAGCAUCUGCUUUCAGUUCAAUUAGUAAAUAUGAUGUUGAAGUAUCUUUAGCUACUCAAGAUACUGAACAUGACAUGGUAAUUUCCACCAGCCCCAGUGGUGGUAGUGAAGCUGACAUAGAGGGACCUUUGCCUGCUAAAGACAUUCAUCUUGAUUUACCAUCUAAUUUUAUUACUAAAGAUGCAGAAGGACCAUUACCUGUAGAAGAGAGUGACCAGACAUUAGCAGUUGCUCUCAGCCCUAAAGAAAGUAGUGGAGAAAAUAAAGAAGUACCUCUCCCUACUAAAGAGAUACUGUUUGAUUCAGGAUUUUCUGCCAAUAUUGAUGAUAUUAACGAAGCAGAUUUAGUGAGACCAUUACUUCCUAAGGACAUGGAACGACUUACAAGCCUUAGAGCUGGUAUUGAAGGACCUUUACUUGCAAGUGAUGUUGAACGUGACAAAUCUACUGCUAGUCCAGUUGUAAUUAGUAUACCAGAAAGAGCUUCAGAGUCUUCUUCAGAAGAAAAAGAUGAUUAUGAAAUUUUUGUAAAAGUUAAGGACACACAUGAAAAAAGCAAGAAAAAUAAAAACCGUGACAAAGGUGAGAAAGAGAAGAAAAGAGACUCUUCAUUAAGAUCUCGAAGUAAACGUUCAAAGUCUUCUGAACACAAGUCACGCAAGCGUACCAGUGAAUCUCGUUCUAGGGCAAGGAAGAGAUCGUCUAAGUCCAAGUCUCGUCGCUCUCAAACACGUUCACGGUCACGUUCAAGACGCAGGAGGAGGAGCAGCAGAUCAAGGUCCAAGUCUAGAGGAAGGCGAUCUGUAUCAAAAGAGAAACGCAAAAGAUCUCCAAAGCACAGAUCCAAGUCCAGGGAAAGAAAAAGAAAAAGAUCAAGUUCCAGGGAUAACCGUAAAACAGUUAGAGCUCGAAGCCGCACCCCAAGUCGUCGGAGUCGGAGUCACACACCAAGUCGUCGAAGAAGGUCUAGAUCUGUGGGGAGAAGGAGCUUCAGCAUUUCCCCAAGCCGACGGAGCCGCACCCCGAGCCGACGGAGCCGCACCCCAAGCCGACGGAGCCGCACCCCAAGCCGACGGAGCCGUACCCCAAGCCGACGGAGCCGCACCCCAAGCCGACGGAGCCGCACCCCUAGCCGGCGGCGAAGAUCAAGAUCUGUGGUAAGAAGACGAAGCUUCAGCAUAUCACCAGUCAGGUUAAGGCGAUCACGAACACCCUUGAGAAGAAGGUUCAGCAGAUCUCCCAUCCGUCGUAAAAGAUCCAGGUCUUCUGAAAGAGGCAGAUCACCCAAACGUCUCACAGAUUUGAAUAAGGCUCAAUUACUUGAAAUAGCCAAAGCUAAUGCAGCUGCAAUGUGUGCUAAGGCUGGUGUUCCUUUACCACCAAACCUAAAGCCUGCACCUCCACCUACAAUAGAAGAAAAAGUUGCUAAAAAGUCAGGAGGAGCUACUAUAGAAGAACUAACUGAGAAAUGCAAACAGAUCGCACAGAGUAAAGAAGAUGAUGAUGUAAUAGUGAAUAAGCCUCAUGUUUCGGAUGAAGAGGAAGAAGAACCUCCUUUUUAUCAUCAUCCCUUUAAACUCAGUGAACCCAAACCCAUUUUUUUCAAUCUGAAUAUUGCUGCAGCAAAGCCAACUCCACCAAAAAGCCAGGUAACAUUAACGAAAGAGUUCCCUGUGUCAUCUGGAUCUCAACAUCGAAAAAAAGAAGCAGAUAGUGUUUAUGGAGAGUGGGUUCCUGUAGAGAAAAAUGGUGAAGAAAACAAAGAUGAUGAUAAUGUUUUCAGCAGCAAUUUGCCCUCUGAGGGCCGGGUUAAACGGCAGGGCCGGGUUAGACGACAGAUGAAACAACCCGCAGCUUCUCAUUUGACAGUAACUCGAUGCAAUUCACUUUGUGGAGCCAAACCACAAAGUGAAAAGCAUCGAAUUGCAGAGAACAGUGUUAUCACAUCCCUACCCAACAUUGGGCCCUCCUUGCACUUAUGGGAAGGUAGCCCAAGGUACAACUAUUUAGCUUCCCGUUUUGCCUCAAGGCUCUAUAGCUCUAGAUUUUGGUGGUAGCAAAUUUACUGGGUGGAGGGAUUGAGUGGAGAAAGGCAGAUCCUCAGGUUCAACACAAGAACUGGAUUGGAAAAGGUCAUUGUAGGCUGAUGUGAGCCUCUUGGAUACAUAGCCCAUUGCGUUUAAAUAAUGAUUUCUUACUAUUUCCCUGGGUUGUUUGUCAGAUAGUCUUUAAUUUUAAUCAUUUCUUCUCCCCUGUGCUAGCUUGGCCCUUUUGAAUUCUUGUGUUUAACCUAAUGCUCAGCCUUGGUACUCCAUUUCCCUUCUCCUUCCCCUCUUUGCUACUAUUAAAAGUUGGAGAAGUGGAAUUCACACUUUGAAAUUUCCAUGAGGCUAUAGUUGUAUCUUGUCAAAAUGACGUAGUAAUAACGCCAAGUGUCAAAACAACCCCAUUAAAAUGCUGCCUGGUUAAAUAAUGUGCUGCUAAAUACAGUGCACAUGAAAACAGCAAGACUGUAUAUAUAUGUAAAUAUAUAUAUAUAUCUGUAUCUUUGUAUGUAUCUCUGUAUCUGUAUCUUUGCUGUAUCUUUUAAUAAACAGUUUACUUUUAUUUAACUUGUUGUGCAAAAUCACGCUUGGGGGAUCUGGGAGGGUGGAGACUUACUAGGGGGGGGUGGGAGUUUUAAAUGAUACCAUAGAUUAGUUACCACCUGUUACCCUUGGUUUCCAAAGACCAGACAUUUGUCCAAGGACUGGACUAGAUAUGUAAAACCCUUAAAAUGUGGGACUUCUUCCCCAUUUCCUUUUCUUGCAGUUCUGGGAUAUGUAGGUCAGAGAGACUUGUACUUGUCACCUUCAAGGUUCCCUUCAUUGGCCAUGCCACCAUCUUCCACUAAAUACCUCUGAUACCAUAAAUAAACAAAUCCUGUUUAUAAAAUCAGAAAGUGAACAGAACCCAAAUCAGAAACUUGUUUCCCCUGAGCUAUUCAUAGGUGACAUUUUUACUGUGGUUUUUGACCUGCAGCGUUUUAAAAGUUCUAUACAAUGAAGCUGGACAUAACUAGACAAUGCAACUUACAGUCAUCAGUGAUGAUCUAUACUUACAUGGGGUUGAACAGUUGAAUCAAAUUAUACUGUCACCAGUGAGGGAGGGAUAGCUGGUUUGGACAUUGUUGUAGUAAAAUCAGUUGAGUAGCUUAGUAGCUAAUCCCCAAGUCAGGCUACCUGCACAUCUCAAGAGGGAAAGCUUAACUGACAAUGGCAACUGACUUAAAUCUUGUAGUAGCUGAAUAUGAGCCCUGGUAAGAGGACUAGGCUUAGAAAUUCUAAUGCAUAUGCUUUUCAGUAAUUUCUUGCAGAUUAAGCAUUUAACAAAGUUGGAGAAAACAGGGAGAUUAUGUGAGAAAAAUUUUCCAACAGAGUGAAGCCCUAUAAUUUUGCAAAGUUCCAAGGGAUUUUCCUGAGAAAAUAAGUGACCAUAACUAUUUUAACUUCAGUUGAACAUGGGGAAAGUUCUUAGUGAAUCCUGAUGAUUGUUUCUUUCUGAUUGAGUUUAAUAUGUUUUUAUAUAUUUUGACAUUUAGUACUCAGCCAUUUUCAGUCUAAACACUAAUGGUGCCUUGUUUGUCAUCAAGAGUGGGUCUAAGAUUUUAAUUGUAAGUUGGAGGAAUUACUCCAAAGAAAUCCCACAGGGAAAUGUUGGGUAUUCAAGUUAUGUAAGUAAAGGGGUCUUCUGUUAAAGCAGGAGAAAAAAAAAUUCUGUUUAGAGGGCUAAAUAAAUGAAGCAGAUUUCUCCUCUGAGAGGAUAUAUACAACUAUUUGACAUUAGAACUCUUCUAGCUUAUUUCUUAGAAGAUUAGACUAAACAAAUGUUUACUUUACUGGAAUACAGUUGAUAGACCUAGGUUAACUUUAACUUUAGCAAAACAAUCCCAAAUUUUAGGAAAAGACACAGGAUUUUGUUUUGCUUUCAGGUGUCUGUAGUUUUACCUAGCAAUAAUAGACACCUAGAGGAAGUGUUCUAGUUAUUAGCUGCAUGCUAAGUAAGUGAAGCAGGUUUCUAUAUGUUCUCUAUGUCAGUGUUUAGAAUACUACUGGUGACAUUUUCUGGAAGCACUGACUCUUGACUAAGUCAGGUUGAAAUAGAGGUAAUAUAGAGUAAAAGGAAAGUUCUUUUAAAUGGUCAAUAUUUUAACAAUAGUCUUUUUCAUUUUUUUACCUAGCAGUCUUUUUCAUUUUAAUAAAUAUAAAUGGAGUUUGUGGUUCUUCAGUUUUAAGCAUACAACAUUUAGGCAAAGAUCACAGAUUUGAUCUCAGCUUUGCUAUAAUCCUUAAUCCCACCAAUUAUCUAGCACAUGAGUGUUCUUUGGCAUAAGUAUGAGUGGAUAGACGUGGAUGGAUCAACAUAAAUCCAUAUCUUACGGAAUAUCAACUCAACAGACUGUGUGCCCUACUACCAUAGCAUCGUCUUCCUACCCAGAAGCCAGCCAGCAUCAUCCUCAGUAAGAGUGACUACAGAACUUUGACCAUAUUUGUGUGGAUUUGAUUUAUAAACAAACCAAAAAUGUUGGAAAAUGAAUAUUGAAAAAAAUUGUCCUUGGGGGCAUUAAUUUUUGGUAAUGAAGUUACCAGAGGCUUAUUGAUAAGGUGUAGGAGGUUUAAAUGUAGUUUCUGACUUAAAAUUUCUUGGGUUUACUGUCAUAAAUGUUUUCGAGGUCCAGAGGUAACUAACUCUCCAUUAAGGUCUAGUGAUUGCUUAUAUGUUAAGAUAAUUUAAAUUUAUUGAAGAAUCUCCAAAUCCCAGUGAAACUUAAGUUUAGAAGUUCUAUAUUUAUAAAGUUUAGGAAAGCUAAGUUCUUGGAGUAAGAUGAAAAUUUCAAUUGGAAAUUAAACACAUAGGUCCUGGCUUUGCUAGAAUGUGUUCUCUCCUUAAAGUCUCCUGGGAGGUGAACACUGAAUUUCUCUCUCAGCUGUUUCAGGGUUAUCUGUUUUCCUGUUUAACUCACUUAGACUAAAUGUAAGUUAAGAGAAUUUUAUAUUAAAAAGGUUAAUAAUUAACUUUGAAACCCAUAUGAAACAACAGAUGUGCUGUACAUAGUGUGGCUUUUGUAGUUAUCAUUUUCAGUAUGAUUUUUGUAUCUUAAUUUUUGCUAAAUAUUUUUAAAUCUUUUUAUAUAUAGGUCAGGUACUUUUUCUUUAGUGCUGUUUUCUUGUAAUUAAAAAUUUCCUUUCAUACUGUCGUUUAAUCAGAUAACCUGCAAUUACUUAUGUAGAAAAUAAUUGUGGUAUUACUGACCCCCUCCUAAUAAUUCUCUUUAGCUCUUUUAUAUUCUAUCAUUGACUUUCCAAGAAAUAUCUUUAAGAUGCUUGUUCUAUUUAUGUUAAAACAUUUUGUGUUAACAAAUGCAAGUAAAUUGACUUACAAGAAUUUUUUAAAUCAGGAAGAUACAGAAAUAACUUAUAACUUAGACUGGGGGGAAUGCAUGUUAUAUGGUGUCAAUUAUGUAUUUGAUCAUUACUAACACUUUUUUAGGUUAUAGAAGUAGUAGUAAUUGGCUGUGUUGCUGUAGUAGAUGAAAUAAUUUGGAUAGGUUUUUAUUAAUGUGAAGUGAAACUAUAAUUUGGACACUUUUAUAUAGUUUAUAUAGAUUUUAUAUUUUAGAACAGGUUCUAGGAAAAAGGAAGUUAAGCAUUUGCCCCCAUUAUAAUACUUAGAAUGUUACUACAUGAUCAUAAUUAUACUUUGUACAUUAGGCAGAAAGUCUGCUGUAUUAGUGGAACAAAUAAGGCUUCUUGAUGACAGAUUUAAAAUAGUAUUCCAUUUAAGAUUUUUUUCCCACUUCUUAGAUUAUUUUGGUACUUGACACAUUCCUAUUUUUGAGCAACAUUAAAAGAUGGUUAAGGCUCUAAAUCUCCACUAUGUAGUAUAAUCCCUGCUAUAUACUAUACACCCCCUACCCCAAGUUCAGUGUCAUAGUCACUGGCCACUGAAAAAUAAGUUCCUUAAUUGCACUAGCCACAUUUCAAGUGCUCAUUAGCUGUCCUUGUAGAAAAUCCUAUUGGACAGUGCUGCUCUGAAGGGUAGUGGUGAUAUUUUUUGAGUGUUUAAAUACUAAUAUGUAAUGUUUGGUCUAGUCCUUGAAUAUUAAAGCUUUGCAUAUUAUGUUUGACUUUAAUGUGUUAAUUGCAUACCCUGGGUUACCAUGAAAACUGGAAACAUGUUUUUUUUUUUUUUGAUGCAAACUCUUGAGGAUACUUAAGAGGUUAAGAAAAUCCUGAUUUGUUCCAUUUUAAAUAUACUCACAUUGAAUAAAUGUGAGUAUGAAAUUAAUAGUAAAAUUACUAUUUAUUAAUGAAGUUUUGACAUACUUGCAGCUCACUUGAUAAUCCUGUUGAAGAAAGUAUUAUCUCAGGAAAAAACUAAUUGUAUCUAAAGUAAAUUUAUAUUAAACAUCAAGGUUGCUAUAUUAAAAUUCCUUUCAUAGCAAGAUGUGAGUUUAACAAAAUACUACUGAGGUUUGAAUGACCUUUCAUCCUUGGGAUAAAUGAUGAGGUGUUUAGGUUAUCUGCUUAACUCAAUAAAGACUUAAAGAAAAAGUACGAAGAUAAUGUUUUCAGAAGAAUGCAUGCACAGAUUGGUAUAUUCAUUUGGUUUCCAUUUGGAAAGAAUUAAUUGUAGAAACUAUGAAGGUUUCAGAGCCAUCUUAACUACAUUUUUUUGACUGUAUAGUUGGGAACUUGGGAUCAGGUCUUGGGAUGGUGGGUAGAUACAUUUUCCUCAGUAUCUCCUCUUUAGAUUUUUUAGAAUAAAAACCUGUUAUUUUAUCUAAACACUAACAGGUUUAUAAAGACUGCUGUUAAACCCAAAGUAAUUCUGGCACAGCUAAUGAAUAGUAUUGGAAAUACAUUUGGUGGCCUGCAAAAAUUACAUCAGUAAUCCUACUUUCCAGUUUUAGGAAACAUGCAAGGUAGGCUAAAGGAGUAUAAGCUAUUGACAUGAAAUAGCUGGGUUCCUGUUCAAAGCCCUGGCAGUUGGUCAGGAUUGUAAUAGAAGUGAAAAGUGAACUUACUAAAUUUUUCAGUGUUUCAGUCUGACUUAGAUUAUUUUUUAUAGGCCCCAGAAAACUCUUAGUGUGGGUAAAUUACUAAACUGACUUAAGAAAUUAAAAUCUCUUCCAUGAGAUCUAUAAAUUGUCUCAUAAACAGUUACAGAAUGAAGUCAGUUUCAUUUUGCUUUCGUUUU